AUACAUCCGAGGAUCGAGGAUUUCGAUUUCACCCUUUUUUCCCCUCCCUUCCUUUUUUUUGCGCUGGAUUUCGCUACCUUUUGCGCAAAUUCCUAACAAUCCUGACCAAUCCUGACUGUGAUACGAAAUGGUAACUCUGGUCGAAAGUAACCUCUGUCGCUUUGGUGUUACACACCGGUAACACUGUAAACAUCCGUAGGUAUUAGUCACUCGAUGAAGCUGGCGAUAUGAGAACUGUCUAAAGAAUUGUGACAGAUAGAGAAAUAUUCUUUUGACGGGAUACAUACUUAACUUUUCGAGAUGGACAGCAAAGGAAGGAAAAUCAUCGUCUGUGACAAUGGCACCGGGUUUGUCAAGUGCGGGUACGCCGGCGCAAACUUCCCGGCCCACAUAUUCCCAUCUAUAGUCGGACGACCAAUAAUCAGAGCUGUCAACAAAAUAGGCGAUAUCGACGUCAAGCAAGAAUAUUGCGUUCGUGAUGUGCUUAACAUGCCUGAUUUAAUGGUUGGCGAUGAAGCAAGUAAACUUCGUUCUAUGUUAGAGAUAAGUUAUCCAAUGCAAAAUGGGAUUGUUAGAAACUGGGAAGACAUGUGUCACGUGUGGGAUUACACCUUCGGCAAAGAGAAAAUGAAUAUUAAUCCUAAAGAAUGUAAAAUUCUGUUAACCGAGCCACCAAUGAAUCCUAUCACGAAUAGAGAAAAGAUGAUAGAGGUGAUGUUUGAGAAGUAUGGUUUCGCUGGAAUUGUGUCCUUCAUUCCUGAUGGUCGUGUGAUCAAAGUAGGCGGUGAGAGAUUUGCAGCACCGGAAGCGCUUUUUCAGCCUCAUUUGAUUAACGUUGAGGCGCAAGGAAUAGCCGAGCUGGUAUUUAGCACAAUUCAAGCAGCUGAUAUCGAUAUCAGAAGCGAACUAUACAAGCACAUCGUUCUGAGCGGAGGUAGUACAAUGUAUCCAGGGCUUCCGUCAAGGCUUGAACGAGAAAUUAAGCAACUUUAUCUUCAAAGAGUAUUAAAAAAUGAUACCACUAAAUUGAAUAAAUUUAAGAUAAAAAUUGAAGACUCACCCCGACGAAAAGACAUGGUUUUCAUGGGUGGUGCUGUACUAGCGGAAAUAACGAAGGAUCGAGAUUCUGUAUGGAUAACACGGGAGGAGUAUGAAGAGAAGGGUCUUAGUGUACUAAAAAAAUUAGGCUCCUAUGAAUCAUAAGGAAAGUCAUACAUACAAAUAUAGGCUACAAAUUUUUUAACGAGCAAUGAAAUGUUUUUUAUACUUAAAAAAACGUUGUGGACUUAAGUUAGACUUGCGCAGCAAUUUUAUGAUUUGUUAUAU